GGAGCUUGCGAUGGACUUGGUUUAUACGGAGCUAACGACGGUUUUGGUGCUUACGGUGCUUACGGCGCCAUCGAUGGUUUUGGUGCUUACGGUGCUUACGGCGCCAUCGAUGGUUUUGGUGCUUAUGGGCCUAGAGCUUUAGCUGCUUCCAAUGGCGCAGGUCUGGCUGUAUCAAGCGCUUCCACCUACCCAGCUGGAGUAUCCGUCUUAUCCGAAAACGCCAUUGAAGGACCUCUUGCAGUCGCCGGCGCUCUGCCGUUCUUGGGAACCGUGGCUCUAGAAGGAGCUCUACCAACUGCCGGUGCUGGUGCUGUCAACUACGGCUGUGGCAAUGGAGCCGUCGCCAUAUUGGCUGAAGACCUCGCCCCCGCUGGCAUCGCUGGUCCACUCGGCUACGGCAUCGGUGCCCGGGGUGCUGAAGGUUUCGGCUACGGUCCUUAUGGCUAUGGAAUCAAUGGCCUUGCUGGACCCUUCCGUGGCGGCUGUGGAUGUGGCGCAUUAAUCUAAAAACUGUCUUUCGAUUUUGUGACCCAAACUAAAAAAUAAAAAUAAAUCAUCUGAUAGUGUUUUUAUAAUAAUCUGGUUUCCUUUGUCAAAUUUCAACUCCUAUAAUCAAAUAAAAUUGAUAUUGCUUUUA